AUGCGGUGGCAGCAGAGUGCCUUUUGGCUAGGUGCCUUACUUGCAACUGGCGUGUUUGCAAAUGAUGUUAAACUGAAACAGGAUAAUGUCAACCGCCAACAAUGCUCUGGAAUGUACGGGAAAAAGUCUUGGGGCGGUGAUAUCAACCCGUUCAUCUUGCUGAAGAUGGAGGCCGUUAAGGAUAAGAAGGACCCGAUUAUGAGCUUGGCUAUAUUCGAAUGGAAAGAUGAAUCUUUGAUUGGACGUGACUUGACAGCGAAGGACGGAUCGAUACAAAAAAAGCUGAUAUGCGGGCCCCCGAGUGUUGAAGCGAAGCUCUGCACCGAAAAGGAAAUCGGCUCCUUUAUCCUCGCACCAAACGCCACCGAGAAAGCAAAGUCCCCUCUCAUUUCCCUUGCCAUAAAUAUGACCGAUCCCAAGCCAAUAAAAUACCCGGUAUCGAAGACUGGAUUCUAUUGCGUUACUACUUAUCCCUUUACGGACAUGGAAUAUGAAGGAGUUGUAACCUUCAGAAACGCCUACGGAGAACUACCAGCUACGCAGGUUCCAAAAUUGGCAUUUUACGGUGGAUUGACUAUACUAUAUGCUCUGAUGGGAGUAUUCUGGGGGUUCCUCUAUGCCCAGCACCGCCAUGAUAUCCUACCUGUGCAAAAUUACAUCACUGCCAUUAUCGUAUUCUUGGUUGUCGAGCAACUUAUCACAUGGGGUUUCUACGAUUACCAAAACCGAUACGGUGCGAAUGCCGUUUGCAAGGUUCUAAUGGUCAUUGUGUCUAUCUUAAGCGCUGGACGUAACUCAUUCUCGUUUUUUCUACUGCUCAUUGUUUGCAUGGGUUAUGGAGUUGUGAAACCCUCCCUCGGUCGAACCAUGAUUUACGUCCGUAUUCUCGCCAUUACUCACUUCGUCUUUGGAGUCAUCUAUUCUGUUGCCAGUCUCUCUAUUACUCCAGAUAGCGCCGGCCCACUAGUACUUCUAGUUGUUCUUCCGCUCGCAGGCUCACUGACCGCAUUCUACGUCUGGACCCUUAACUCCCUGAGUGCUACCAUGAAGGACCUCGUCAGCAGGAAGCAGCAUGUGAAGGCAAUGAUGUAUAAGAAACUUUGGUGGUGCCUUCUGGGUAGCAUAAUCGUUAUCUUUGCAUUCUUCUUCAUCAACUCGUUUGUUUUUGCCAGCACAAAUGUGUCUGAUUUGAUUCCUGCCCAGUGGAAGAGCAGAUGGUUUGUUUUGGAUGGUUGGCUUAACAUUGUUUAUCUGUUCAACAUUGCAUACAUAUCAUACCUAUGGAGGCCCACUGCAAACAAUAAACGGUUCGCUAUGAGUGACGAGCUUGCCCAAGACGAUGACGGCUUUGAAAUCCGCUCCGUUACCAGCUCGUUGGAUGAGGAAGAUGCUGUUGAGAAUCCAAGCGGGCGUGGCAACAGCAGGUCUCCCGCCGGUACAAAGGCAAAUAACGGCUCUCAAGCGCGCCAUUCCCUGGAUGGUGAGACUAUAUUCGCCGUUGGAGAAGACAUGGACAGAUGGUCUGAUGACGAUGUGUCUCCGAGGAACUCAACCGAUAGGAAGAAGCUGAUACGCAAAGAUGACUAA